GAAAAACUUAAUAGAAUUAAAUAGAAUAUAUCUGUAUUGGAAAUAGUACAACAAUGAGAAUUAUUAAGUGACACAGUACCUUGUAACUAACGUUUGAUCAGAUUGAAGGAGGGACGUUGUAUCGCGUGGGCAGUAUAAGAAAGUCAAAUAUUAAUUGUAAACUGGCAAUCAUGUAGGCAUCAUACAUGACAUUGCACAAAACUGCUUCGUGUGUUCUGCUAUUUUAUAAAUCGUUUUAUUGACAUAGCAGUAGGCGCUAUACAUGUUUUGGUGAAACCAAAUACUUAUAAUUAAUUGAAAUCUGGAAAAUAGGAACAGGGAUUCCAUGCUUACUAUACGGUAAUGAUUACGUCAGACAUGAAAUCGAUUGUUACCAUAAACAUGUAUCCGUGUAACUAAGUCUACUUGAAAUUCCAUACAGCCACACAAGUGCGUCUAGUUAAGUUUGACGUAAUGCGUGUUUAACAGCUGAACAUUGCACUUGAUAGUCUUAACGAGCUUCUUAAUUAACAUUAAAAUUGAAUGAUUCGAAUAUAUUGAAUAUUUGAAUUGUGUAUUCCGACGGCGCGUCGGUUGAACAGAUACGAUACAAUUAGUGGGGGAUAGACGUAUUCGACCUUACUUAACAUUCAAGGAAUAUUAUCACGAACAAUUAUGUGGACUUUAAUCUUCAUCUGUGUUUUGUUGCCGACGUACAGUUCGUCUUUCUCGAUAGCCAAACUGAUUCCAAAUCCUGCUGCUCUUGUUUUGGACGUGGCAAAAUUUGCUUUCAGUAUAUAUACCCAUAUUGAUAACAAAAACUCUGCCUCAAAAGAGAAAGAGGAAAUAAUACAAACAUUGUCUACCAAAAUCGAUUCUGCGAGUGAGUCUCUGUAUACGAAGUUGUUGAUCAACCUGCAGUUCAAUAAAAUAGAAGAAACUCAGCUGGAUGUAAAUAGCAGAAUGAUUGAUUUAAAAAAUUGCCUCACGGCAAGGCCUACGGAAGUUGAUGGUUACAAACGCAUAUUUGUGGCAAAUGCCUACCAAGCGGUUGCAAAGGUAAGAUACCUGUCAAAACACUUGCUGGAUAAAUUACCAGGAUCUGGUAAAAAUAUCAUCCAGCUGGUAUCCGACACUUCCCGAUGUAAUCGGACAAUUAUGGAUACGAUGGCAAAUGAAAGUUUAGAAUUAAUGUCUGAUGGUAUGCUCAUUGAAAUGACUUGGUUAAGCGUGUCAAACAAUUUUUCCUUGGAAAUAGAGAAGACUUUCUGGGGAAAUGAGCUAAAAACCGUGAUGUCAGGUUUCCAACAAGAGUAUAAUUCUUGCUCGGCAAAAGAACGAGAGAUGGCUUUAGAAGAUUUGAGGAACGCUGGGGACCUCACAGUUCUUCACAACAACAAUAAACAGCGAUAUCAAUGGCCCUGGAACGAUAUUUUACUCAUUGAUAAUGGAAUUCCCGAUCAAUUUGGAUACUACCAGGUUAAUGAAAAAACAUUCUUGAUAAAUAAAGGAAGCGAUACAACUAAAAUUGUAACUUACAGUAGAUCUGAGAAUUCUUUUUCAGGAUUCACAGCCAAGACUCUGACCCAAAUUAUUAAAGACAGAAUUAAAACUGGGGGUGACGAUGCGGAUAACAUUGCGACUAAAGUUAAAUCAGCCAUGAAUGAGAAAAACGUCAGCCAUAGUGCUAUGAUCGUCUACUUCAAUGGGGCAAAAUACCAGCCAUCAAAAGUAAUUGAUUCAGGAUCCCAUGCUAUUGUGGCUGAUACAGACAAGCGUUAUAUCGCUUACUGUAAAUCGUUUUGGUGUCCCAUCAACUGGGACAACUGGCUGAACGUUGAAGAAACGGAACAUGGAUAUUUCACCGUUUAUGUUGUCCCUGAUAACGGUUACAGCACACCAUCACAUUCGUUUGUAUCCGACACAGCUGCGAAUAAUGAGUUGUCAUUUUGCUUGCUUAGUGCGCUGUUCUUUGUUUUUAUUGCGUUUUAGAUUUACCCUUCAGGAGAAGUUUUUCACCGAUUCACAGUAAUAGAACCAAGGUUUAAUGUAUUUUUAUCUGAUAAAUCAGAUCCGCUUAGAUAUCUAAAUUGAUUUAAAGAUAUGCAGGGACGCUUUGUCACUGAAUUCUUAACGUAACAAGAAUGAAAAACACAUUGUUUCAAAUCGAGAAAAACUAGAUCGUCAGAUCGUUUCAAAACUUACUAAUACAACUCGAUUUCGAAGUCCAUUUGUUAACAGACAAUACAUUCGAAAUGACAAACGGUACAAGAAUAAAUACAGUUGUACGAUAAGAGUAUAUACCACACACGCAGAGGAUCCUUAAUCAAUCAGGUAUUAAAGUAUUUUUGUAAUAUACAUGUCAUGGCAUUUAAGAUUACGUAGAAGAGGAUCUAUACAUGUAAUUUAAUAAAAUAUUUAAACAAAUUAUCGGUCAUUAUAGCGAACCAGUAUCAAAGUUUUGCAAAAACGGAAUUUAAAUAACAAGUAACAAAAUACAUCACGAUCAGUACUUUUAUAUCUCUUGAAUGGAUUUUCUAAUAUUGUGAUACUUGUACUUUACAUUGAUACUUCAUUGAAUGCAUUAUAUUGUUUUUUGAAAUUGAAAUCACUUUUAUGUCGGCUUCAUUUAUAUUAUCUUACUAAUUGUGACAUAAAAGAUCUAUCUCUUACAUGAUUCAUUCAUAUUUCAAGGAUGUGAUGUUAGUAAAAUAUCAAGGUUGUGAAGUAAAAAUGUGUUUGAAAAUUAUAUUAGCCGGUUUCUUAAAAUUUAUUUGAAUAAAAUACAUUCGUGUCACCUUUUUGUCAGUAUGAUAUUGGUUACCCGUUCUUUGUUAAUAUAUGUUUUGUUUGCAGACAGGAGAAAUUUUCUGUGCCAUUAUAUCAUAUUAACCCGUUCAAUGUUAUUUUAUUUUUUUAUUUUUUUUGCAAUUUUUAGACACGUUAUAUAAAAGUUAUGUAACAACAAAACUUAACAAAAAUGAAAAGCAUUUUUGUUUUCAAUUUGAGAAAAAACAGAUAUGCCUCACACGAAGAUGAUCCUUAUUCAAACAGGUAUUCAAGUAAUAUUUUAUAUUUUGUAUGUCAUAACAUUUUAGAUUACGGAGAAUGCGAUCAGUACAUGUUGUUAAAUAAAAUCUUUAAACAAAUUAUCGGUCAUUAUAAAGAACCAGUAUCAAAGUUUUGCAUAAACGCCACUAUUAUAACAAGUAUCCAAAUACAUCACGAUUAGUCCUUGUUUGUCACUUGAUUGAAUUUUGUUGAUUUCUGGAAGGGAUUUUCAAAUGAGUCGUUGAGUCCGGUGUUAUUUGUAAUAUUGUGAUACUUUACAGUGAUGCUUCAGUGAAUGCAUUAUAUUUAUUUUUGAAAUUAAAAUCACUGUUUUGUCGGCUUCACGAAUAUUAUCUCACUAACUGUGACAUAAAAGCUCUAACUCUUACGUGAAUCAUUCAUAUUUAGGGUUGUAAUGUUAAUAUCCCGUUCUAUGUUAAUAGAUGUUCAGUUUGCAGGCAGGAGAAAUUUUCUGUGCCAUAAUAUCAUAUUUACCGGUUCAAUGUUAUUUAUUGUUCUUUUUUGCUUUGCAAUUGUUGGACGCGUUCUAUAAAAGUUCUGUGCGCAAAAUCAAACGCCGACUAGAUUAUUGCCCUUAAAAUGCUAUCACUAUUUAAAAUAGAACAUUACCUUCAAUAGGUAUGCGUAUGAUGCGUUGUCUAUUAGUUCUUUGUUAUAUAGGCAAGUGAUCAUCACUUUAGAUUAAACCUUCAGGAGAUGUUCAUCACAAACUUAGUGUAUUGGAACCAAUGUUUAAUGUAUUUGUAUCUGAUAAAACUGACCCUCGUAGAUAUCUAAAUAGAGUUUAUGAUGUAUGCAAGGACGAAUCGUCCCAUAAUGGGAAACGUAACAAAAAGUGAAAAUAUUUUGGUUUUCAAAUCAAGAAAAAAACAGAUAUUGUCAAAACUUACCAAUCAAACUCGAUUCCGAAGUCCAUUUGUUAACAGACAAUACGUUCAAAAUGACAAACGGUACAUAGAGAAUACUAGGUCGGUGCCGAAUAAAGCAAAGUUUAUUUUGCGAGGCUUAGAAAAUCUGAACCACGAGCCUUGGCGAGUGGUUCAGAUUUUCGUGCCGAGCAAGAUAAACUUUGCUUUAUUCGGCACCGACCUAGUAUUCGAUUUAUCCCAUCAAUUUUCUUAGUCGUAAAUUAUUUCUUUAAACAUAGAAUAGGAAAAUCGAACUAGACGGAAAAUCCCAAAGAUAUUUUAAGCAAACAUUGUUUCAUUAUUUUAAUCGUGUCGAGCCUAAUACAUUACAAAAAGAUCAGUAACCAACCUGUUUUUCGUUUAUCAUACCUCUACGUCCCCGAUUUUUAAGAAAUAAUGAAAAAAAGACACUAAACAACUGCAUCUUUAGCGUGAAACAACAUGCAUUGUGUCGUAUGACGUAUUAAUAAUGACGUCACGAGUACGCGCAAUUAAUAUUUGUAAAUAAUGUUUAUUUGCUUUUUGAGUUGCAUUAUGUGUAAAAACUAUAUCACAUCUUGGUAUCAAAUUGUUUGUUUUGUUAAAUCUGAUUCGAUUUUACUAAAAAUGAUUACUUUAUAGUUGAUUCCGAGUAAUAUGAACAUUCUUCGCCGCGCGUGACAGCUAUAUUUCAGCACUGCUGAAAUAAAGGUAAAUUUAUUCCACAGUGGUUUAUUUCGACAAUGCACGUCUGAUGAUGGGAUAAAAUAAUAUAUACAGUUGUACGUUAAGAAUAUAUGCCUCACACGCAGAGGAUCCUUAAUCAAUCAGGUAUUAAAGUAACAUUUUAUAUUUUGUAUGUCAUAAGAUUUUAGAUUACGGAGAAUGCGAUCAAUACAUGUAGUUUAAUAAAAUCUUUGAACAAAUUAUCGGUCAUUAUAAUGAACCAGUAUCAAAAAAUUUCCAUAAACGGCAUUAUAAUAACAAGUAUCCAAAAACAUCACGAUAAGUCCUUUUUUAUCUCAAGAAGGUAUUUAGUUUAUUUCUAGAAGGGAUUUUCUAAUGAGUCGUUGAGUCCGGUGUUAUUUGUAUUAUUGUGAUUCUUUACAGUGAUGCUUCAUUGAAUGCAUUUUAUUUAUUUUUGAAAAUGAAAUCAUUUUAUGUCGGCUUCAUUUAUAUUAUCUCACCAACUGUGACUUAAUAGCUUUAACUCUUUUACGUGAUUAAUUCAUAUUCCAUGGUUAUGAUGUUAAUAUUAUUUCAAGGUUGUGAUGUAGAAAUGUGUUUGAAAAUGACAUCUUUGACAUUAAAUUGGAUAAAAUACAUUCAUGUCACUAUUUGUCAGUGUGAUGUUUGUUUUCCGUUCUGUGUUGAUAGACGUUCUGUUUACAGGCAUGCGAAAAUUUCUGCUGUGCCAUUUUAUCAUUGUAAAAUUAUACCCGUUCAAUGCUAUUAAUUAUUCUUUUUUGUUUUGCAAUUGUUGGACAAUAAGGUAUUUGCUGUGCCAUUUUUAUUAAUGUGAUAUGUAUACCCGUCCUACGUUGAUAAAUGUUCUUUUGUAUUUUGCUAUUUUUGGAAAAUCCGAUAUUUGCUGCUCCUAUGUGUCAGUGUGAUAUUCAUAAAGCUUUGUAUAAUAGUAUCUUUGCGCACAAUCACACGCCGAGUAGAAUAUUGCCCUAUAAAUAAAAUCAAUUUUUGAAAUAGUA